ACAAUCGCCACCACCACCGGGUCACAGACUCUCUGUGAGCCGGGCUUGGUGCGUCUCCUGUCGGCUUCAGUCGCUCCCUCUCUCUCUCUCUCUCUGUGUCUUGCUGCCUCUCUCUCUCUCUUUCUUUAUUUAACACUCUCAGGAUGCAAAAGACCUGGUUCAGGAUCUCUGUGAAGCAACCCACAGCCCGCUUCCCUCUGCCGGAUCGGUGCUAAAUUCGAGGAGAUUUAUUCUGUGAACUGCCAACUUUUCUUGCGGCUGGUCAGGGAGGAAAAUGAGCAGGAAAGGCUGUCACCUCGAGCUGUUCCUGAUGUUGCUUGGAUUGGAGUUCCACAUUUCAGUCUCCUGUCCAAAACACUGUGUGUGCUACCCUUCCCCGAUGACUGUCACUUGCCAGUCGCAUGGCUUCACCUCCAUCCCAGAAGGGAUUCCAGUCAAUAGCGAGAGAAUAUUCCUCCAAAACAACAGGAUAACUCUUCUGUUGAGGAAUGCUUUCAGCCCGUCCACAGUCACCCUUUGGUUAUACUCCAACAACAUCACCUUCAUUGACCCAGAAGCCUUCCAUGGAUUCAGUCUCCUGGAGGAACUUGACCUGGGGGACAAUCGGCACCUGAGGUUCCUGGAUGCGGAGACCUUUGCUGGUUUGGAGAAGCUGCAUGCUUUGCACCUCUACCGUUGUGGAUUGACGUUUCUGCCCAAUGGAAUCUUUGAAGGUCUUCAUAACUUGCAGUAUCUCUACCUACAGGAUAACCAUAUAGAGUACCUUCAGGAUGACCUGUUUCUGGAGCUGGUGAACCUCACGCAGCUCUUUCUGCAUGGGAAUAAGUUGUUGAGUUUAUCCCAGAACACCUUCAGAGGUCUAGUCAACCUAGACCGCCUGUUGCUCCACCAGAACCGGCUUCAUUGGGUGAACAAGCGAGCUUUCCAUGAUCUGCGUAGGCUGGCCAUUUUGUAUUUGUUCAAUAACAGCCUGAGCUCACUUCCUGGGGAAUGUCUGGCGGAGCUCGGUUCGCUGCAGUACCUCAGGCUCAAUGGAAAUCCUUGGGAAUGUACCUGCAAAUCCCGAUCCCUGUGGGAAUGGCUGCAGAGGUUCCGGGGAUCAAGCAGCAGCGUCAUCUGUGAGUCGCCCAGGGAUCUACAAGGGAUUGACCUGAAGGUCCUGUCCCCCCUGCUCUUCAAGAACUGCACGGCCUCGGAGUCAUUCAACCAGAUCCGAACCAGGCAGCACCACCCCCAUCACGGGCUGGCACCCGGGCAUUCCUCCCGGGGCAUGGCACCGGGGCCAGAGCAUACCGUGACCGGCCGGAACGGCAGCGGCAGCCAGCGGGACGACGAGGCCAAGGACUACCCGGGCGAAGCGGCUCCGAAGAAGUCGGCGGACGGGGCGUGGGGUGGCGAUUAUCUGCCCGACCCCGGCCAGAGACCCCAGACCAUCCGCCCGUUCCCCCCCAAGCGCAGGCCCCGGGUGAAGUGUACCCGGCGCACCCACUUGGAGCCCCCGCCUGGGAUCCAGCAGCCGGCUGGGGGUGGCAGCCGUCCUUGUCCCGGGCUCAGGUGGCUCCCCCUGCUGGCGGCCCUGGUCCUCGUCAUACGUUGAACCCAUUAACCAUCUCCCGCUCCCAGCCCACCCCCCCGCCCCUCCCUCCAAUCCACCCAGUCCAGUAAUGAAAAGGGCAAAAACUUUCUAACACUGCCGCCAAUCCAGUAGGGACCAAAAAAAAGGGAAAAAAACCCAAAAAAAAGUCAAUUUUUAAAAUUACAAGUGAUUAAUACUGUUACUAUGUGCUUAGGCAGACCACGGAUAUUGUUGGAUGGUAUUAUUGUUUCGGACAAUUGGAAUAUAAUUGGAAAUCAUCGGAAUAACAGUCCCAAUGGAAAUGAAUCAGCAACAGGGGAUGAUGUGGCUAAGGACUACCUACAAAGCAGCAGGAGAUGUGUCGGAGGGAGCGCUCAGAAAUCUUAUUUUAACGAAGCGUUCCCAGCGUCUAUUUGACAUUCCUGCUGCCAGCUGUGCCCGCUACACCAGGAAGAGCCCUAAAACUCUUGGAUCGCACCAUUGCUUUCUGGAGGGAUUUCUCCCUCUUGUCGUUGGUGGGGGAAAGGGGAUGAGUGUGUUGGUCAGCGAAGCAAUGGUGGUUCCAGACGUUUUCUGCAUGGGUGCGGGCACGUUCCUCAAACCACACUAAAACAAAGCUGGCAUCAGCCACCUCCUCAUGAGGUUUUAUGGUGGUAAGAUCCCAGCUGAAUAAUAUGCACGGAUGAUCAUGGUCUCGAACCCAGAGCUUAAUUCAUCCGAGUACCAAAAACUGGAGGCCAGAUAAUUGUAUGAAAUGAUUCGUAUCAGAAUAUUUUUUUUUUAAAAUGUGUCUAACCUAUCAUUUGGACAAUGGGAAGCCCUUAUAUAGUUGACGUAUAUUCAUUUCUGGAAGUAUAUGUUUACAGAUUAUGUUGCUACCCUGGUACAGCUUUUGCUAAGGUGUUUUUUUGUUCUGUCUCGAGGAGAUUGUGGAUGCUUUACACACAAGCCAUGGAUCCAGAUAGGAUGGACACAGGAGUCUGUGCUGUUCUGGUCCAACUCACUGGCUUCUGCUUUGUCUCCCCCCCCCCCCAACAUUUGGGUGGUGGUUGCCAGGAGUUGAGUGGAAAUGAGACGUUAUCCAUUUGGUGUUCAGAAUGUGGCUCCAUUUGAUGGAGGGGGCACUAAAACCUCCCCAUUUAUUUUUGUUUCUGUACUAAAUGUAAAUUUGUUGUACCUGAAUUUACAGAAUUGCUUUAAAUAUAUAUCUAUAUAAAAAAUACAAAAAAAAACUUUCCUUUCGGAAGAGAUCAUGGUAACAAACGCAGUAUCCCUUUUUGUUCAGCUAUCUAAACAAUUGAAAAUGUAAAUCUGUUUUGCUUCUUUCAGCACAGUGGUGUUCCACAAGUCCAAAGUGCUUCAUUUUCAAUGGGGUUGGGGGCAAGGGCAAAACCUCAAUCCUGGGGCAUGAAGGAGACUGAAUUUCACCUCCCUGAUUACCUCCUCCAAGUCUAAUGACCCCCUCAAGCCAACCCUUCAGAUGUAUUGCACCAUUGGUAUUCAUUCAAUCAUUAUCAUUUGUUUUUCAUUUUGAAGACCCCCUUUCCAUUCUGAAUUGGUUGUUUAACAUUGCAGGCACAGUGAUAUCUCAUGAACUGUACUCGAUUGGAGAUAAUCAGCAUGGGAGAAUGGGUGGACGGUUACUGGUAGGUGCAUUGGGUUAAAUGUUCCUUGUUCUGACCUCAAAUUCUAUAAAAGUCUUGCUCUCCUCCUACACUUUAGGGUUCCAUGUGAAAUGGGUUAGGCAGGCUCCAACUAGCUCAGUCCACUCUCGAGGUCUCCCCCCAGCUUGCUGCAUGUUGGUAUUGUCAGUAGGCAGACUGUGAUGACCAAAUGGCACAGGAAGAUGGAAGACCUCAUGUUGGUGCAACAGGAGGGAUGUGUCUCGACGACUGGGGAUAGUACAUCGUUGAGAAGAGCAGGGGAGUCUUACCCUAUGCCUUAACAUCCUCUGACCAUGUGAGAGUACUCGAUGUUAUUAGGGACAGCAAGCUCUGGUCACCCUUCACAUUUUCACAAGUACGUUGAAUUACUUGAAAUGAACUGCACAGAAGCAGACCAUUCAGCCCAACUAGUUCAUGAUAGUGUCUAUAUUUUUUCAUUCAAUGUGGGAUGUAGGUGUCACUGGCUAGGCCAGCAUUUAUUACCAAUCCCUAAUUUCCUGGGCAAAGGUUUUGGUGAGCUACCUUCUUGAAACACUUAUGGACCAGUGUAGUUGCAUGCACAGUGCAGUCAGGGAGUGAGUUCCAGAUUUUGAUCUAACAACAGUGAAGGAAUGGUGAUAUCAUCUCAGGUCAGGAUGGUGUGUAGUCCAGAGGGGAAUUUGAUGCGAGUUCAUCUGCUGGCCUUGUCCUACUAGAGGUCACAGGUUUGAAAGGAACUCUAGCACAAUCCCUGAUGAGUUACUGCAGUGCAUCUUGUAGAUGGUACACACUGUCGUUACUGAAUGUCAAUGGUAAGGGAAUGGUAAUUGAAAGUGGGGUGCCCAUCUAAUGGACUGCUUUGUCCUGGAUGUGCAUGUCACUCAGAAACCUCCUCCCAACUACUUUUCAGUUCACUCUCUCAGUGUAACCUUUCUCCCUCUAAUUUGCAUAUCCCCUGAAUAUGUUUUCUGCUGCACACACAGGAGAGUGCUACAAAUAACAAUCUUCCCCUGGGUAACAAAAGCAGGAGUAAAAGCUCCUGUUGCCCGGUUCUGACAAAUAACCAUCUUCACCUGAAUUAAAAAACACAAGAAAAAAAUUUAAGAAGUUUCUCCAUGACAGUAGUGUCUUGAUGUUUAUUUGACGGAAUUGAAGGAUUUUAAACUUUGAAGAGGAGCUUUCUUCCCCAAAUAAAGAGAGCCAAAGACUGUUAAUAUUGUGCAGCACAUCCCUUCUUGAUUUCAUUCAUCCAGUGAAAAACAUACAAUUACCAUCUAAUGAAUCAACUGUUUGUACAGCACUCACCAAAUAAACUGGUAGCACAAAA